GGCAUCUGCUCAGCUCAACGAUGUUUGCGCAAGUAGUCCACACAGUGGGUGCCAAGUCAACAAACAAGCGGCAUCGACAGUGUCGAAUGCUAUGAUCGUGCACAACAAUCCCAAAACAACGCCCAAAACAACGCAAAGCUGGUCAGGAGCGUAGUCAGGGACGCGGAUAACUAUAUCACGAUACAAUCAGCUUUGACUUUGCCGGAACGGUGGCGGUGGUCAUUGGCGUCGUGGUCAGGAAGGUGGUCAGGUAUUUGGUCAGGAUCAUGGUCAGGUAUUUGGUCAGGAACGUGGUCAGGGAGUAGCGUGUUGUGAGGGCCGCGUAACAAGUGCAAGCUGCCACUCUUUCAACAACCAAUAACGGGAUACACAAGGAAGCUUUACAACUCUCAGGGUCGACAGGGACCAACGCAACCUUCGCAAAAAGGCACCAAGACAACUCCUUAAAAGCCACAGCAACAAAGGGCCAUCAACACAACCACCUUCACCAAUGCGGACAGCCUCAUAGGCAUCAUCACUAGUGACGCUCAUCCCAAGAAAAUAUGACUUGGCUUUGUUACAUAGUUCAAUACUAGCACAUCAACAUUCCUGUUACACUGACUGUGACAACCAGCCGCGCACAAUUACGCAAUGUACUACUACGACAUUGCCCCAAAAAGAGUGACAUCGCCAAUACUAUGGGUGCCCGUGGAUGACCACCGUUACCGUUGAAAAUGCGGAGGCGCGUGCUUUGUUCAGUCAGUUGCGUACCAGGUUUUGGCGCAUUAAGCGCAAGGCUAAGGAGGUGUAUCGGACUGAGCUCUAUGUCAAAGAAAUUCAGGCUUGCAAGUCGGACCCGCAGUAUUUAUGGCGUCCCCUCAAUGAAGGAGCUCCUCGUGGUUGUGCUGUCCCGGAUGUUGCUAGCUGGCGUUACUAUUUUGACAACCUCUACAACGGCAGUCCGAAUGCAUUUAAUGCGGUGAACGCCGAUGCCGUCCUAAGCAUGACGCAUGGUGUUGUCCAUGGUAAUGGUAAUGGCUUUCGUAAUGCCGAUUGAUGGAAGGAGAGGAUACGUGCUGCGGCGGCGUUGAAUGUGCCUUUUACUCUGGAUGGGGUUAAAGGUGCUCUACGUUCGCUGCGUAACAAUAGGUCAGGCGGAUUGCAGAAAAUGCUGGCUGAAUGCUUGAAGCGGGCGGCCAGGCAGGUCGAAGGUCGUACGGUCUACGUCUUGGCACCCUAUCUGUUGUCGCUGAUGGAGCAUAUUAGGUCCACGGGGGAUUUUACCCUCAGCAGUUUAAGGUCUCAGCACUCACUCCUAUCCACACGACGGGUGACGUGUCAGACCUAGGUAACUACCGUGGGUUGGCUGGAGAGGGCGCGCUUGCAAAAAGGUAUGCUUUCCUUAUGGAAAAGCAGCUUAACACUUGGGGAGAGGAGCCUAAAGGGCGUUCCCCUUUCCAGGACGGUUUCCGGCGGUUUCUUGAAACGGUGUUGUAUGCACAACAUCUUCAAUACUUGGCAUCUGACGGACAGGCAUAGGUGUGGUCCGGCUUCUAGCUUACCACUGUUCGCAUGUCAAAUUGAUUUUGAGAAAGCCUUCGACCGAGUGCCGCGUGAUCUUCUUUGGUUGCGUUUAAAGGAAAGGGGUGUGCAGGGUGGCAUGUUGUAUGCACUGAAAGCCUGCUGUCUGUACGCACAUUGUUUGGCUGAGCUGUUUCCCGCAUGCACCCUUGCCGACCGUACAGCAGUG